ACCGCGGCCGGCCCCCACAGCCGCACCAUGAAGGCUCUGCUGCUCGUCGCGCUGGCUGCGGUGCUGUGCGUGGAGAGAGCCCACGCGCUGAUCUGCUUUUCGUGCUCGGAUGCAUCAUCCAACUGGGCCUGUCUGAAGCCUGUCAAGUGCGGGGAGAAUGAAAACCACUGCGUGACAACAUAUGUCGGAGUGGGAAUCGGCAGCAAAUCUGGUCAGUCCAUCUCCAAAGGAUGCUCUCCAAUUUGUCCCAGUGCCGGGAUUAACCUCGGCAUAGCGGCAGCCUCCGUCUACUGCUGUGACUCGUCCCUGUGCAACAUCAGUGGUUCCAGCAGUGUGAAAGCCAGCUACACGAUCCUGGCCUUGGGCAUCCUGGUCAGCUUCGCCUACGUCCUCAGGGCUCGAGAGUGAUGGGGCUGGGCAAGGAAGACCUGUCACC